AUGCAAGAACCCCUUCCUGAAUGCCCACUGAAUCUAAACACCUUCCAAGGGCUUUGUGCACUCGAGGGCAUCCUGUACAGAGCAACACAGGAAGGCAAAGGGUGCGGUUGUCCAUCUUUCUUCAGCUUCCACGUUGAGAUGCUGUUAAUGAUGUCAAAGGAAAAUCGAAAAACUUGGAUUCUGCCAAUUAUGGUAUUAUCGCUCUUCAGGUUUUCUCAAACUUCAGAUAACACAAGGGGCCAUAUCGCCAAUGAAUCCUCCUUCAAGACUAUAGAGCUCUCCAAAAUAUCAACAGAAGCUCCCAGUCCCCUACUGAUUUCCUCAAACCAUUCACAUCUGCCAACCACAGUAAACAAACAUCACACGAGCCUUGACAAUACCUCCACAGUCACCCCUUAUUUUUUUGGGCGUGUACCUUUAAAAUUCCUGUUCUUGAUACAUGUGAUUAGGUUUUGUAAAAGAGAACCAGGUUCAUUCAAACAUUAUCAAAUUAAAUCGAGACUGUGUAGGAACACUGGCGCAGUUAGAUCAUAUCAUAAGAAGACACUGUAUUUCUGCUUCCGUGAGUAUAGGCGACUCUAUGGUGACAAAGAUUUCCCAUCGCCUUUCACUUUUCCAUUAGGUCCAGGAAGCUCAGUAAAGAUAUAUCACCAGGAAAUAUUCGCGAGCAUGUGUCUUCCUCAUUUCCAGAGGAAUAAUAUGUGCAUUGAGAGAAAAUACAUGACCUUCUGCUUUGAUGAAAUGAUUGUGUUUCUCCACAGUAAGAGUUGUAUUCGACCUUCAGACGAGGAUAAGCAUUUCGAGAUUCUCUUGGCAUACACCAACUUGGUAAUGGAUUAUGAAUGCUUUCAGAAUAUAUGCAAUGGCUUCUUUAGAGUCAUUGAAAGAAAUAUAAAUGGAAUCAGAGUAAUAGUAUGGAGGCUAGUGGAAGAAGAGAGGAAGUGUCAAUACUUAUAUCAUUAUAAACACAUACUGAAUUUUUUUGUUAAUGGAAGUAGGGUACGAUUUGUCAUAACAGGGAAUAUAUAUUUUCCGUCCUGUUACGCAAUGCAUUAUGCCAUGUGGCUUGGUGACCCUGAGGCAGUGGGACUCAAUGUAUUCUGGGAUUAUUUACCCUUGUGGUGUCGUGCAAGAGAAAUCAUUCUAGUUACUUUUGUGGCGAGUAUUGGAAUAAUUGGAACACUGGGAAACCUUUUGACAAUGGUAGUGAUGGUUAAGAGUGAUCACCGGGAUGCAUCUAGAAUGCUCCGUACAUCCUUAGCCUUCUCAGAUCUUUUAACUAGUGUCUUUGUUCUCAUUCCAGCCUUUGUUGAUCAUUUAAGGCCAGUCAUUAGGCAUUCAGACUUUCAGGAAAAUUACUUAAUUUCUGAAUAUGUUACAGGUAAUACACAGACACUAUCAACCAGUGGAUUCAAGCAGCUCAUCCCAGUUACCCAUGGCUUCCGAAUCUUCCAGGGAUUCAUAUUUGGCCUAUGUUCAGUGGUAUCUCUUCUCACACUCUUUCUUUUAAGUGUUGAGAGAUUGAUAAUAACAGGUCGCGCACUUCACUACCAUGAUUAUCUAACUGUUCAUCGAGUCAAGUUCAUUAUCAUCUUGAUCUGGAUUAUUGCUUUCAUGGAUAUCCUUUUCUUUAUGUUUGAUGGAAAGGGCAAUUUUGAAGUUACGUUUUCCACUUUGCUGAAACUUCCUAUUCCAAUAUCAGGAGGAAAAUUUAAUAAAGGAAUGCAAUGGCUCACCUCUUUCCAGAUCUUCUUACUAGGCUUGCUGUGCACAUCAACCAUAAUAAUUUCUGUUAUAUCCAUGGGCAUAUUCACACGGAAGCAAGUAAGAGUAAGGGAAAAAUGGAAGAGAAUGAACAUGAGGGUUUCAGGUCCAUUUCAAGAGGAGAACCGUUACAUACUGGUGACUCUGUGCAUGUUGUCUCUCUUCUUCAUGAUAUCUACAGUGCUGCGUGAAUUGUCUUUGGCCCUUAAAACAUCAACCAAAAAAACACCAACCUUGUCUGUAGCCGCAAGACCAUUAUUUCCCUACGAGGAUGUCGGAGCUAUGAACAGGGACUCUGUAGCACGUCUGGAGACACUGCAUAAACAUCCGCCACGCCGUCUGCCGCAGCCUCAGACGCCGCCCUACGGGGUGUGGGCGGGAGAUGAAUGGGAGAGCGCCCUCGGCCCGGCUCAUUCAGGCGGAGAUGCUCGUGCACAUGGGGAUUGGGCUCCGAGGCGGCUACUGGGCAGGGAGGAGGAGCCGGGAUGCCCAGCUGGCUUCCUCGACCGCGUCAGGGGCUCAAAGUCUUCGUCGUCUCAAGACAGUUGUCGCUGUGACUCACUUCGCCGGAGUCUGGCUCAGAGGCCGAGAGGCGCCCCAAGCCUCACCUCAGCACUCACCUCCUUGCCAUUCCUAAAGAAAACGCCAACAUGA